CGCUAAAACAUUCGGCGAAGGGACGGAAAAAUUAUUUGCUGUGACCACAUGAGCUAAUAAGGCCGGAUUCAAAGUGAUCGCAGAAGCAGAGACAGAUUGGUCCCAAUCUAGAAAGGCCGAAGCUCUGAACGGAAGGGGCAAAAUUGACUUUGAGCGAAAAAAAUGACGUAUCCCAUCAGGGAUCUCCUAAGGAAGGAGCCUUGAUCUGGAAAACCCAAUGCAAAAUGUAAUUUGUGAUGAGAAACACAUUAGAACCCCUUCCAACAUCGAUCCUCCUGCAGCCCAAAACUCCUCCAGGACUGCAGGCUUCGAUAUCAACUUCUACCUCUUUAUUCCCGCCCGCACCGGAACUCGGAAAGCAGGACUCGGACAUCGUCCUCUGCCUCAUCAAUGACCUUCCAGACGGAUCAUCAAGUCCAAUAUUUCAAGGGGUGUCAGUUAAACCCGUCCCUUUACUCAAGCUUCGGACCCUUGUUUACCUGGACGGGGCGAUACCCCGUCGCGACAUUGCCCGUGGUUGGAUUUCUACGUGGAAUCAGUAUACCACUUAUAGCCUGUUCCAACCAAAAUUUUCCGCUGUGCCCACAUACCACCAAGGUUGAGGUACGUCUGAGGUCCCGUAUCAGAUUGAGGGCUGGAACUCUGUUCGAUGCUCCAUUGCUCCCAUUCUUCAGAGGAUUCACCCAUCUCAGAGCCCUUCGCUCAACUAGCCCCACGGCGGAAGACCGGGUAAUACCCCGUGCAGGCAUAUUUGGCGAUGUUGAGAACAAAUCGAGUGUGACCUUCGAAAGAGCCACCGCAUUUGUCAGUGUAGACAUUGGAAAGAGAGGGAGAGAGAUUCAAGGGCAAGGAAUCGGGCGAGGAAUCCAUGGACUCGUGGAUUUAAUUAAGGCCAGACACAAUCUGGUGCUACUUACCUGCUUGCUUUGCACGAUGAGCGGCUACGGCGAAAGCUUCAAUAUCAUGGUUCUGGCUUCUUAGGCCUGGGUAUGCAUCGCUGAACGGAAUGGCAGAGGGACGGCGGAGUUGUCGGGUCAUCCACCUCCCUUAGGAAUCGCAACAGAGCUUUCAAGCACCUGGCAUCCUAUCGUCGCCGCAUAAAUUUUGAUGCUCAAGCACCAGUUCUAUAUCUCGGGGCCAACUGAAUCCAUCCCUUGGAUGCGGACGAAGUCGAUGACGCGUUUCAGGUGAAGACCACUAUUUUCUAGACUGAUAUGACCUUGUGCGUCCGCGGCUGUGACCUCAGCACAUAUCAAUCCAACACCAUGCAUGGUAAGGCUCUUAGAAUGAAGAGAAUAUGGUCAUACUUACUCGAAGUUGGACGAGGUGGGUCAACAUAACUGCACACACACACAAGUACCUACAAUAGUUC